CGCAGCCCAUCUGUCCCCCUCACACUGUCCCGUCCUGUCUCAUCAUGUCUCGGUGUCUCCCUGUUCUGCUGCUGCUGGCUCUGGCCUGCCUGGCCCGGUUUGGCUCGGCUCAGCCCGUUGACAGCCAGGCCGAGCUGAAGAAGGUGCAGGCCGCCCUGGAGGAGCUGAAGGCCGAGCGACAAGUGAUGAGUUUGCGUCUGGAUGCUGCUGAGAAAGAACUGCAGAGAUACAAAGAAACACCUAAAGUUGCAUUCGCUGCCUCACUGGGAUCAAACGGCCUCAUGAAGACGACAACCGGCAACAAAGACCUCGUCUACAGGGACGUCCUGACCAACGUCGGCGGGGCUUACAGCGCUGAGACAGGUGUGUUCACAGCUCCGAUUCGUGGAGUCUACUACAUCCGUUUCACAGCUAACGGUCCUACCGACUUCCCAAAGAGCGCCGUGCUCUACAAGAACGACGUGGAGAUCCAGCUGAUCGCCCACGAGCAGCCGUCCGGCGAGGGCAGCGACACGGCCUCCAACGGCGCCGCCCUGCUGCUGGAGAAGGACGACAAGCUGAAGAUGGUGCUGUGGCAAAACACUCAGAUCUGGGACAACAGCAACCACCACAGCACCUUCAGCGGCUUCCUGAUCUUCCCCCUGGUGGAUGAAUCUCUGGCGGAGUACGACGAUGUCGUCGAGCUGAAGACUUCAGGCUUCACUGACGCAGUUUCAGACCGAAAACCAGAAGGUCAAAGAGCGACUGGAGGCCACAGAGACCGAGCUGAAGGCCAUGAGAGAAGUACCAAAGGUGGCGUUUGCAGUUUCUCUGGGAGGUGAGGGUCUCCAGAAGACGACAACAGGAAAUCAACCUCUCAUCUACAAAACGGUCCUGACCAACAUCGGACAGGCGUACAACUCUG